CAUCUCUCCACCUUGAUCACAAGACUUGAUCCGGAGCUGUUAUACGAUCCGGAAAGAUAAUGCUCACGAGUAACAAUUGAAGGCCGCUUCACUUCUACCUCACCCCUAUCAACACCGAAUCCGCAAGGCGGUGGACGACCACCUCCGCGAGCUCCUCCCUCCGCCUACCUACAGCAGCGCGAUCGCAUAAAUCAACCUCACGCCGUCUCGCAUCAGUAUAAGCCCUCCAAAAUGGCCUCACCAUCGCAUCCAUCCAACCCCGUCCCAACAUCAACAACAAACCACCCGAUGACGCCCCCAGCAGACCACCCGCAAUCCACCCCGAGCGCGCCCAACAUGAACACGACCACUACCACGACAAACACCACCACCACCAGCAACCCAACGAACCCCAACCCGAACGCAAACACAACCUCAACACCCUUACCACCGAAUCAACCAACACAAAUCCCCUCGACCUCACUAAAAGACACGGGCAAAUCGCGGCGGCCGCGCGACGUGCGCCUGAUCCACAUGCUGCUUGCCAGCCUGGGCGUGACAGCGUACCAGGAGCGGGUGCCGCUGCAGCUACUGGAUUUCGCAUACCGGUACACGUCGAGCGUGCUGCAGGACGCCGUGCAUCUGGCGACGGAGGGGUACGCGGGCGCGACGACGGACGCCGGCGCGGCGGCCCGCGGCCCGCUCGAGGUCAACAGCGUCAGUCUGCCGGCGCUGCGGCUCAGUAUUGCUUCCCGUCUGCAUUACCAGUUCCAGCCUGGUCUGCCGAAGGAGUUUCUGAUGGAUGUCGCGGCUGAGCGUAACCGUGUUGCGCUGCCGGGUGCGAGCCGUGGCUUUGAUCAGCAGGGGAACUCUAAGGUCGUGGCCGGUAGCCAGGGGAGUGUUUUGCUCGGUGGGAUGCGGUUGCCGCCUGAGAGGUUUUGUCUGACGGGCAAUGGGUGGAAUAUGCGCGAGGAGUGGGAGAGUGAGGGUGAGGAGGAGGAAGAGGUCGAGGUGCAGCCGGAUUUCGGGGGCGAUGGGGCUGGUAGGGAGAAUGGGGUUGUGCCGAAGAGGGAGGAUGGAGAUGAGGGUGAGGAUGAUGAGGAUGAGGAUGGGAAGAUGGAGGAUGUGUUUGGCGAGGAUACGGCCAUGGGCGAGGGCGACGAGGAUGGCGAUAAGGAUAUGACGGAUGUUUAGGUCGAUUGCUGGGCGUUUUAAGGCGCAUCGGCGUGGGGGAAAUAGUAUACAUAUUACCAGGGAAUCUUGAAUAGGGGAGAAGACUGCAG